AUGGCCUAUUCCUUCCUUAUCUGCCUUGUCACUAUCGCUUUCUUCAUAGCUCCUACCUGUGCUUCUUUCUUCGGAGGAGGUGGUGGAGGUGGAGGAUGCUGUGGUGGAUGUGGUGGUAGGAAAAAG